CAAAAUACUUGCUGAACAGUGGAGUCAGAGACCAAUAAAAAUAAACUCCUACUUGAACAUCAUUUGACUGGUUAGCCAGUUGCUGAUGUAUAUUCAUGAUGAGUGGAUUAGGAGAAAACUCCUUGGAUCCACUGGCCCCUGAUUCACGAAAACGAAAACUGCCGUGUGAUACCCCAGGACAAAGUCUUACCUGCAGUGGUGAAAAGUGGAGACGAGAGCAGGAGAGUAAAUAUAUUGAAGAAUUGGCUGAACUGAUAUCUGCUAAUCUUAGUGAUAUCGACAAUUUCAAUGUCAAACCAGAUAAAUGUGCAAUUUUAAAGGAAACAGUAAGACAGAUACGACAAAUAAAAGAGCAAGGAAAAGCUAUUUCCAGUGAUGAUGAUGUUCAGAAAGCUGAUGUGUCUUCUACAGGACAAGGAGUUAUUGAUAAAGACUCCUUGGGACCACUUUUACUUCAGGCAUUGGAUGGUUUCCUGUUUGUGGUGAAUCGUGAUGGAAACAUUGUAUUUGUGUCAGAAAAUGUCACACAAUACCUGCAGUAUAAGCAAGAGGACCUGGUCAACACAAGUGUCUAUAAUAUUUUGCACGAAGACGACAGGAAGGAUUUUCUUAAGAACUUACCGAAAUCUACAGUUAAUGGAGUUGCCUGGACAAAUGAGACCCAGAGACAAAAAAGCCACACAUUUAAUUGCCGUAUGUUGAUGAAAACACCACAUGAUAUUCUGGAAGACAUAAACACUAGUCCUGAAAUGCGCCAGAGAUAUGAAACAAUGCAGUGCUUUGCCCUGUCUCAGCCACGAGCUAUGAUGGAGGAGGGGGAAGAUUUGCAAUCCUGUAUGAUCUGUGUGGCACGGCGCAUUACUACAGGAGAAAGAGCAUUUCCAUCAAACCCUGAAAGCUUUAUUACUAGACAUGAUCUUUCAGGAAAAGUUGUCACUAUAGAUACAAAUUCACUGAGAUCCUCCAUGAGGCCCGGCUUUGAAGAUAUAAUCCGAAGAUGUAUCCAGAGAUUUUUUAGUCUUAAUGAUGGGCAGUCAUGGUCCCAGAAACGUCACUAUCAAGAAGCUUAUAUCCAUGGUCAUGCUGAAACCCCAGUGUAUCGAUUCUCUUUGGCUGAUGGAACUAUAGUGACUGCACAAACAAAAAGCAAACUCUUCCGAAAUCCCGUAACAAAUGACCGUCAUGGUUUUGUCUCAACCCACUUUCUUCAGAGGGAGCAGAACGGGUAUAGACCAAACCCAAAUCCUGUUGGACAAGGCAUUAGACCUCCAGCAGCUGGAUGCAAUAGUUCGGUAGGCGGCAUGAGCAUGUCGCCAAACCAAGGCUUACAGAUGCUGAGCAGCAGGACCUAUGGCUUGGCUGAACCCAGCACCACAGGACAGUUGAGUGGAGCUAGGUAUGGGGCUUCCAGUAGCAUAGCUUCAGUGAACCCCGGGCCAGGCAUGCAGUCACCAUCUUCCUACCAGAACAACAACUAUGGUCUCAACAUGAGUAGCCCCCCACAUGGGAGUCCUGGCCUUGUCUCCAACCAGCAGAAUAUCAUGAUUUCUCCUCGUAAUCGCGGGAGUCCAAAGAUGACUUCACAUCAGUUUUCUCCUGUUGCAGGUGUACACUCUCCCAUGGGAUCUUCUGGCAAUACCGGGAGCCACAGCUUUUCUAGCAGCUCUCUCAGUGCUCUUCAAGCUAUCAGUGAGGGCGUGGGGACUUCUCUUUUAUCUACUCUGUCUUCACCAGGCCCCAAAUUAGAUAACUCGCCCAAUAUGAGUAUAACCCAACCAAGUAAAGUGAACAGUCAGGAUUCCAAGAGUCCCCUAGGCUUAUAUUGUGACCAGAAUCCAGUGGAGAGUUCAAUGUGUCAGUCAAAUAGCAGAGAUCACCUCAAUGACAAAGAAAGUAAAGAGAGCAGUGUGGAAGGGUCAGAGAAUCAAAGGGGUCCUCUAGAAAGCAAAGGUCAUAAAAAAUUACUGCAGUUACUUACCUGUUCUUCUGAUGACCGGGGCCAUUCCUCCUUGACCAACUCCCCCCUGGAUUCAAGUUGUAAAGACGCUUCUGUUAGUGUCACCAGCCCCUCCGGGGUCUCCUCUUCAACAUCUGGAGGAGUGUCCUCCACAUCCAGUCUGCAUGGGUCACUGCUACAGGAGAAGCACCGGAUUUUGCACAAGUUGCUGCAAAAUGGGAAUUCACCAGCUGAGGUUGCCAAGAUUACUGCAGAAGCCACUGGGAAAGACACCAGUAGUACAACAUCUUGUGUGGAAGGAAAUGUCAAGCAGGAGCAACUAAGUCCUAAGAAGAAGGAAAAUAAUGCACUGCUUAGAUAUCUGCUGGACAGGGACGAUCCUAGCGAUACACUCUCUAAAGAGCUACAGCCCAAAGUGGAAGGAGUGGACAGUAAGAUGAGUCAGUGCAGCAGCUCCACCGUUCCUAGCUCAAGUCAAGAGAAAGACUCUAAAAUUAAGACAGAAACAAAUGAAGAGGGAUCUGGAGACUUGGAUAAUUUAGAUGCUAUUCUUGGUGAUCUGGCUAGUUCUGACUUUUACAAUAAUUCCAUAUCCACAAAUGGUAGUAAUCUGGGAACCAAGCAACAGAUGUUUCAAGGAACUAAUUCUCUGGCAGGUUUGAGGAGUCCACAGUUGGUGCAGUCCAUUCGUCCUCCAUAUAACCGAGCAGUGUCUCUAGAUAGCCCUGUUUCCGUUGGCUCAAGUCCUCCAGUAAAGAAUAUCAGUGCUUUCCCCAUGUUACCAAAGCAACCCAUGUUGAGUGGGAAUCCAAGAAUGAUGGAUAGUCAGGAAAGUUAUGGCUCAAAUAUGGGUGGACCAAACAGAAAUGUGACUGUGAAUCAGACUCCUUCUUCAGGAGAAUGGGGCUUACCAAACUCAAAGGCCAGCAGGAUGGAACCUAUGAGUUCAAAUUCCAUGGGAAGACCGGGAGCAGAUUAUAAUGCUUCUUUACCCAGAGCUGCAGUGGGUGCCGCAAUGCCCACCUUGCCUCUUCGUUCCAAUAGCAUCCCAGGUGCGAGACCAAUGUUGCAGCCACAGCAGCAGCAACAGCAGCAGCAGAUGCUUCAAAUGCGGCCUGGUGAGAUUCCCAUGGGAAUGGGGAUCAGUCCUUAUGGCCAAGCAGCACCGUCUACCCAGCCAGGUUCCUGGCCAGAUGGCAUGUUGUCUGUGGAACAAGGUCCUCAUGGGACACAAAAUAGGCCACUUCUUAGGAGUUCCCUAGAUGAUCUCCUUGGGCCACCUUCUAACCUAGAAGGCCAGAGUGAUGAAAGAGCAUUGCUGGACCAGCUGCACACUCUCCUGAGCAACACGGAUGCCACGGGCCUGGAAGAAAUUGACAGAGCUCUGGGCAUCCCUGAACUUGUAAAUCAAGGACAAGCUUUGGAGCCCAAACAGGAUGCUUUUCAAGGUCAAGAGGCGGCAGUAAUGAUGGAUCAGAAGGCAGCGUUAUAUGGGCAGACAUAUCCGGCACAGGGGCCUCCAAUGCAAGGGGGCUUUAAUCUUCAGGGACAAUCACCAUCUUUUAACUCUAUGAUGAAUCAGAUGAACCAGCAAGGCAGUUUUCCUCUCCAAGGAAUGCACCCAAGGGCCAACCUCAUGAGACCCCGGACAAACACCCCCAAGCAACUCAGAAUGCAGCUUCAGCAGAGGCUACAGGGCCAGCAGUUUUUGAAUCAGAGCCGUCAGGCACUUGAAAUGAAAAUGGAAAACCCCACUGCUGGUGGUGCGGCGGUGAUGAGGCCCAUGAUGCAGCCCCAGGUAAACUCCCAGCAGGGUUUUCUUAAUGCCCAGAUGGUCACCCAGCGCAGCAGGGAGCUGCUGAGUCAUCACUUCCGACAGCAGAGGGUGGCGAUGAUGAUGCAGCAGCAGCAGCAGCAGCAGCAGCAGCAGCAGCAGCAGCAGCAGCAGCAAGCCCAGGCCUUCAGCCCGCCCCCUAACGUGACUGCUUCCCCCAGCAUGGAUGGGGUUUUGACAGGGCCUAUGAUGCCACAAGCGCCACCCCAGCAGUUCCCCUAUCCACCAAAUUAUGGGAUGGGACAACAGUCAGAUCCAGCCUUUGGUCGAGUGUCUAGUCCGCCCAGCGCAAUGAUGUCAUCAAGAAUGGGUCCCUCCCAGAAUCCCAUGAUGCAGCACCCUCAGACUGCACCCAUGUAUCAGUCCUCAGAAAUGAAGGGCUGGCCAUCAGGAAACCUGGCCAGGAACAGCUCCUUUUCCCAGCAGCAGUUUGCCCAGCAGGGGACUCCUGCGGCGUAUGGCAUGGUGCACAUGAAUGGCAGCAGCGGUCCCAUGGGACAGAUGACCAUGAACUCCCUGCCUCUGUCGGGCGUGCCCAUGGGCCCUGAUCAGAAAUACUGCUGACAUCUCUACACCAAGACCUCUAAGGAAAUCACUGUACAAAUGACACUGCACUAGGAUUAUCUGGGGUAAAGAUCAUUGAUCUAGGCACCCAGCUUUGAAGAAAGAACCAGCUUUGAUCUCCGUCAAGGGUAUUCCAAGUGACGUCAUUUGAGCAGGACUGGAUUUUAAGCUG